CAAGUGACUGCGACGCGCGCUUCAAAGAAAGCUGGAAAAACGCCAGCAGCUACAAGCAAGCUACAAGAGUUUUUCCUAAGCCUAGAAAAACUAGUGAAAAAGGAACGGGGCACUAUGAAAGUCAGCGGCGCUUAGCAAUGAUAGAAUGACGCGCGACGGCGAAAUUCCAGCCAUCUUUAAUCCGAAACGCGUGCGCACACCCUCCGUGGUGGUCACCGGCGACUCCCCGUCGAAUGGACUGUACAAUAACAAUAAUAGCGGCGGCGUGGUAGGCGGUGCCAGCAGCAGUAGCAUAAGCGCUGUCGCUGGCUGUGGCUUCAGCAAUGUGCUCAACUCCAGCAAUCCGCAAAUAACCCACCAAGAUUCAAUAACAUCGAGCCAACAGGAUCCCAAUGAGGUCAUUACCAUACAGGCGGACACGCCCACUGGCGCGCACGGGUCCCAGCAUCAUUUUGGCGGCGACUCAAGCGAAGCACAGACUGGACAAUUGGGCAUAGAUCAGCAGCCAAAUGGCCAGGCAGGCGAGGAUGCGGAAGUGCGUUUUCGCAAGCUCAAGGCCUGCAAAGAGUCCUGCUGCUCCGAGCUGGCCAAGAAGAUGUACUUUGGCGUGUGCGUUACCAUUCUAGUGACUGCCUCAUGGGUGGGCGCCACGCAUUGCAUCAAGUACAUGUAUCUGUAUCGCGCACCCUAUGAAGACGAGCUGGAAGAUGAUCUGGACACGUCGUCGAGCCGCGCCGAGCUCAGCAGCGAACUGGAGGAUAUACUGGCCAUAAGCGACUCGUCGCUGCAUCAUGUCGAGGACGCCACCGAGAUGUUCAACAUACCACCGCGCCAGCCCAUCUACUUUAAUGCGCCGUUCUUUGCGGCCUGGUUCUUUACCAACUUUUCCUUACUAUUCUUUCCCAUCUAUAUACUGGGCCUCAUCUCGGCCCGCAAGUGCGAUAAGCUGAGCGAGAUACUCGCCGAAGUGCUGCGAGGAUUUCGCGAGCGCGGCUUCACCAUUGGCCGUUUCCUCAAUCGCUGCCUGUCCUUCUGCAUUCUGUGGCUGGUAACCACAUAUCUAUACACGCUGUCGUUGCACGUGCUCUUUGCCACGGAUGCACUGGCACUGUUCGCCACAAAUGUUGCCUGCGUCUAUUUGCUCUCUUGGGUCAUACUGCACGAGCAGUUCGUUGGCGUGAGGAUUGUGGCCGUUAUCCUUUGCGACACGGGCAUUGCUCUGCUUGCCUAUAUGGACGGCAUUACGGAAAGUCGCACAUUGGGCGGCGUCGUGCUGGCCACGUUAGCUGCUGCCGGCUAUGCCGUGUUUAGGGUUAUGUUCCGCAAGGUGAUGGGCGAUCCGCCGGUGGCCCAAAUCGCAUUCACAUUCACCGCACUGGGCCUGCUCAAUGCUUUACUGCUGUGGCCCGUUGUCCUGGCGCUGUACCUUACAGGCGCCGAGAAUCUGGCAUCGGAAAGCAUACCAUGGAAUAUACUGCUUGUCGCAAGCGUCCUGCUUCUGGUUUUCCACGUACUCAUGCAGUUCAGCGCCGCCGUUACCUACAACAUGUUUGUGACAUUGGGUUUGAUAACCGCAGUGCCCGUUUCUGGUGCACUCGAUGUCAUACUGUACAGUGCGACAUUUGCGGGCAUGAAACUGGCUGGCGUUAUUCUGAUUGCCAUUGGCUUUUUCCUCGUCAUGUUUCCCGAGAACUGGCCCGACUACAUAACGCGUCUGCUACGAAGCAUCAUAAUGCUGGGUCACAAUGCGAGAUCGCAGCAUAUUUAUGCGUCCCAUUAUAAACAUAAACGAAAAUAUUAUGCCGUCAACACGAACUCAUAUGUUGUUUGAGCCAAGCGCAUGAAAAAUAACCCGAUCCCAAAAUAAAGCAAAUUUUUGUAGCAAACGUGUGUGGCUUUUGGCAAGUUUUUGUUCAGCCCCACGGAUCACAAAUGCUCUCUAUAAAUGUCGUAAAUGUCGUGAACAAAAAAAAAACUAAACCAAUUAUUUUUUACCAAUUAAUUAGUAAAAAGUACAAUAAUACUUGAAAUUGCGAAACAAACGAAACGGUGAGCGCUUUAAAGAAUUUUUUUCGAACAUUAGCUAUAGAAACUUUACUAGCCACCCUCGUACUUUUUCUGAACUAACUAACUAUACACAAUUCUAAUACAUAUUAUAUUCGAAUAUUUUGAUUUUUUUGGAUUUUUGCUAAACCAUUGUAAAUAGUUGCACUUUGCUUACAUUAUUGUAAAUGUAUUUCAAUGUUUUUCAACGAUAAAUAGAACGGCACAGCUUACUGGAUCUCUAUAUAGAAAUAUAUAUGUGUGGCACCUGCGAACAGCCUCCGCUUAAACCUACAAUUGCCCUUUAAUGACACGCACACACUCUUACACACACGAACACAGACACUAACACUAAUUAUGUAAAUAUAUAAAAUAUUAAAUGUGACAUACUUAAGAAACAUCAGUAAAAAAUCAGUAAAAAUAUAUUUAAAAAAAAAAAAACAUGCUAGCAAACAAAUCUUAGACGCCUACAAUCUUAGUGUCAACUAGUUAGACUAUGUAAAUGCAUUGCUGAUCAACUAACAGAUAUCCUGUAAAAGUAACCUGCCCUAAAGUAAGCCAACUCUAUCGAAAUAUAAAGCAGUUGAUCCGCUUUGUAUAUACGAGUAUUUAUACAUAUUAAAAGCUAAAAUCAAAUGAAAAAAUGUUCAAAACAGAAUUCAUAUAUGUACAUACAAUGCAUUAGAAUUGAACACGAAUUGCCUAGAAAAUAAAGCAAAUGUAGUCAAAAUAUUUCUAUGCCAUCUGCUAAUAUCUUAACUCUUCUUUGUGCUCCACACUCUACACUGCUCUGGUUAAACCAAAAAAAAAAAAAAAAACAAACACACACACACACAAUAUAUACAUAUAUAGAUGGGGUCGCGGCCCUCGGAGCGGUAUUUCAACAGGUCAGCAUCCCACCAUUAUCGACUAUCGGACGGGAUACAUAAGGU